UAGCCGUCAGAUGCUACAGGUUUCUUGUUGGUUCUCCAAACUCUCAGGAGCUUCAUCAACUUCAGGAUCUGCACUGAUGAAGGGAAAAUGCUCUUCUGAGAUUCCUCCCGACAUGAUGCUUUAAUGAAACAUGACGGCACAUGUGAAUCACUCGACCGGUGAUUAUGAAUGGCGUUAUGAGUAUUAUGAUGAUGAAGAGUCUGUGUUCUUCGAGGGCCUGAAAGCAAACAGAUACUCUGUAGUGAUCGGUUUCUGGGUCGGUCUGGCGGUGUUUGUCAUCUUCAUGUUCUUCGUCUUGACUCUUCUGACAAAAACAGGGGCACCACAUCUAGAAAUUCCUGAUCCCGGUGAAAAGCAUCAUGGUCCAGAUGACAGUGUGCUGGAAGAUGGCUGUCCACAGACGUUCCUUCUUUCUCCACUGCUCGAAGAAUCACCUUCCCUCUUUCAUUUUUACAUUCACGAAGAGGACCAAACCACAGAGGACACUGCGAUUGGCAGAGAGAGGUGUGGUGGGCGGGACACCACUGAAUGUAUAGGACUCAUAACAGAGGGUCAGAGUGGAAACAGAGAUGACCACUUCCUCUCCAACUUCAACUUUCCAAGCUUUGUCCAAUCCGAGCACAGCUCCAGCCUGGACAACGAUGGCCUGCUGCUGUGUGACCUGCCAGUCAUUACAGACAGCCAAUCACCUGUCAUUAACAGUUAGCGUGUCAUCAGUUCUAGAUAAAGUGAACAUGAGCUGUAAACUGUUUCUCAUUUUAAAUUGUGUAGAUUGAGAAGAAUCUCAUAUUGUAAAAUUGCUUGCAUGUGAGAUUAAAUAUUUUCUUCAGGUGUGUGUUCAAAGGACUUUUUGAUAUCAAAUAUGUCUAUGAUCUAAAUCUAGGAACUACAUUUUAUAAAGAUCCAUGGUUAUUAUGUCAAUAAAUCUUGCAACACAAUAUAGUAAGAUCUU